AUGAAGGCAGACAAAUCCCUACAGCAGCCGAUCAAGCAGUAUCAGGUGGUGGGCCGGCUGAUUCCUACUGCUUCGAAUCCUUCCCCCCCUGCUCUACGGAUGCGUCUUUUUGCGGUGAAUAAAGUGCUGGCUGAAUCUCGUUUCUGGCAUUUGUUGAGGAAGUUGAGGAAGAUAAAGAAGGCGCAUGGAGAGAUCCUUGAAAUCUCUGAAAUAAAGGAGAAGAGAGGGACAUACGUGAAGAAUUUCGGUAUCUGGCUGCGCUAUGAUAGCCGUACAGGCACUCACAACAUGUACAAAGAAGUUCGCGAUUUAACUCAAAAUGGAGCUAUCAGCCAGAUAUAUGCAGAGAUGGCUGGAAGACAUCGGGCUCUCGCAAGCAGCAUUCAAAUAAUUAGAAUUGUGCAGUUGAAAGGAAAAGACUGCAGACGACCGCACGUUCAGCAGAUGUUGGAUAGCAAAUUGAAAAUGCCGGCAAUUCGCCGAAUUAUUCCGAUACCCAAGACGAAGCGAUCGGUGUUCUGUGCUUCUCGGCCUCGUUUGUUCUUGAAGUAA